CCAACAGCCCGACGUGUUGUGUAUUCUGCAUUCCUAAUGGCUACACCACGUCUUAUGGAGCCCUAUUUGUUCGUGGAGGUGCAGGCCCCGGCCGAUUGCGUGUCAGCUGUGUACACUGUACUGGCAAAACGAAGAGGUCACGUCACGCAGGAUGCACCCGUUCCUGGAUCUCCUUUGUACACAAUUAAAGCCUUUAUCCCCGCUAUUGACAGUUUUGGAUUUGAAACCGAUUUAAGGACACACACACAGGGCCAAGCCUUUUGUCUCUCUGUUUUCCAUCAUUGGCAGAUUGUUCCUGGAGAUCCACUGGACAAGUCCAUUGUUAUCAGACCUUUGGAGCCCCAGCCGGCAACCCAUUUGGCCCGUGAAUUUAUGAUCAAGACCCGCAGGAGAAAAGGACUCAGCCAGGACGUUUCAAUUAAUAAAUUCUUCGAUGAUCCUAUGUUAUUAGAAUUAGCAAGACAAGAUGUAAUGUUAAACUACCCCUUAUUGUAAUACAAAACAAUUUUUUUUUA